CGGGGACCUACUUCGUAGGCCACCACUCAACGUCAGAUUAACGUUUGUAUAACUAUCAACCCAGUGCUCAAGCAUGUAGCUCUGAAUAACUUAGAGUUCCCACGAUACCCAUUCCCCCAAAUUUACACCCUAUUUCUGGACUUCCCAGCGGCCAGAAUGACGGACUAUCCCCACAGACUAAUACCCACCUUUCAAGCGAUUGGCAUCACAGCACCAGCUAUAUACAGCGCGAUCUGUUACUCCUACAGCCGCAUCACGAUGGCUACCCUCCUCUCUACCUCUCCGAGCGAGAAGCAACUCGCAAAACAGUGGUACCAUGCCUACGCCCUUGGCCCCUCGUUCGUUCCACCCUUAAUUAUCAGCGGCACGCUCUCAAACCUCUUACUUGCGUACGUCAACACUGCCGCCAAUUCUAUAUCCCGCUCUGCCAAUACCCUUGCGGCUCUCUGCGUCGCGUCUAUCAUACCGAUGACGCUGGCGUAUAUGGAACCUGGGGUUAACGGCGCAGGCAAGUGGAAAGCAGCGAGUUUGCUGCGAGAUGAGGGGUUUGAGCUUGAGGAUAAUGGAACAGCGAGCCCUGGGGUGGAUCGGCAGAGUGCGAGUGAGGCAACGAAGAAGUGGGCCGACGAGGUAGAGAUGCGGACAAUUGUUGAAACCUGGAUAAGGCUGAAUAUGUGGAGGUGCUGGAUUGGGGCUCUAGCUGUCGGGACAAGCUCAUAUGCGAUGACACUGAGCAGUUGAUGCUCUGGCGUAAGGCAAGUUGGGACUUUGUGGGGGGGAGGGAGGUAGGGGGAGUUUGCUCUGUGUAGCAUGAUACAUAUUAAUAUAAUUAAUAGUUGAAGAGCCAGCUCUAACAUUAUCAUGUACACAGUACAUUGCACCGUAAGAG